UGCUGUAAUGGAAGUUCGAUGGUGGAAGCAGAGUGUUGAUUUCGUUAUUUACACAAUAAAACUAUUUGAAAGUUAGAUAGCAACCAGGCCCCGGUCCCUUCUAGGCAAGGUCGUAAAUAAGGAUCAGGGCCCAUAAUUCCAUGAAAUUGUUCCGAUUUUUGUUUUUGAUGCCUUGCAUCUGAACUUGGCAUUAUGCCUGCAGCAACUGUGGAUCACAGCCAAAGAAUAUGUGAUGUUUGGGCUUGCAACCUGGAUGAAGAACUGAAGAGAAUACGGCAUGUCAUUCGCAAAUAUAACUACAUUGCAAUGGAUACAGAGUUUCCAGGUGUAGUUGCAAGACCAAUUGGAGAAUUCAGAAGUAAUGCAGACUACCAGUACCAAUUACUGCGAUGCAAUGUGGACUUGUUAAAGAUAAUCCAGCUGGGAUUAACAUUCAUGAAUGAACAGGGUGAAUACCCACCAGGAACCUCAACAUGGCAAUUCAAUUUUAAGUUUAAUCUCACGGAAGACAUGUAUGCACAGGACUCCAUAGAGCUGCUGACAACGUCAGGUAUCCAGUUCAAAAAGCAUGAGGAGGAAGGGAUCGAAACGUUGUAUUUUGCAGAGCUGCUCAUGACCUCGGGGGUGGUGCUCUGUGAAGGCGUGAAGUGGCUUUCUUUCCACAGUGGCUAUGACUUUGGAUACCUAAUCAAAAUUUUGUCAAACUCCAACUUACCAGAUGAAGAAGCAGACUUCUUUGAGAUCCUCCGCUUAUUCUUUCCCAUUAUUUAUGAUGUGAAGUACCUCAUGAAAAGCUGCAAAAACCUAAAGGGCGGCUUACAAGAAGUGGCUGAACAGCUGGAGCUGGAGAGAAUUGGACCACAGCACCAGGCGGGUUCGGACUCCCUACUCACUGGCAUGGCAUUCUUCAAGAUGAGAGAGAUGUUCUUUGAGGAUCACAUCGAUGACGCCAAAUACUGUGGUCACUUGUACGGGCUAGGUUCAGGCUCAUCAUAUGUUCAGAAUGGCACCGGCAACGCCUAUGAGGAGGAAGCCAACAAACAGCAAUCAUGACACAAUGUACAGCCGCACGUGUAUUUCCUUAGAUCUCUCUUUUCCCUCAUUGGUAUGUAUCAAAGUCAAGUGCUGGGGAAUUACCAGAGAUCAAGAGAGGGAGGAAGGGUAGCGAUAAGGAUCGUGGCGUUCUUUAUGGGUCUCCUGUGAAAAGGCUGUGGUAAAUUGGACAGUUAACCACAGCGCCCCCACAUAUUCAAGGUGUAUCAUGUUAUCUUCGGUAAAAAAAAAAACAAUUCAGAGUGACUGAUUGGUUCAUUUAAAGUUCAUAUGUAGUGCUUUGAAUGUGGGUUUUUAGUUUUUCAUGAAAUGGACCAUGGAAAUUUGCACUUUAAAGGCCUAACCAGAUUCUUACUUUUAUGAGGAAAGCUAGAUUGUUGUUUCUUCCUUGUACAGAAAUUUAAAAGCAAGACAC